UGCUUUUGCUCGAGCAGAUCAUCUACGAGUCAGCGGGGAGGAAAGAGUGUGUGUGUGUCGUCCUCCAGCUGGGUAACAUCAGGAUGUCUGUGGAAAUAAUGGAUAAAAAGAAAACUCUCGACUUGAGGAAGAAGCACAUUGGGCCUUCUUGCAAGAUUUUCUUCAGCCAUGACCCUAUCAAGAUUGUGCAAGCCAGAGGCCAGUACAUGUAUGAUGAAAAUGAACAACGCUACCUGGAUUGCAUCAACAAUGUGGCCCAUGUUGGCCACUGUCACCCAGAUGUGGUAAAAGCAGGAGCUCGACAGAUGGAACAACUCAACACCAACUCGCGUUUCUUGCACGACAACCUUGUGCUGUAUGCCCAGAGGCUGCAAGCCACACUGCCUGACAAGCUGUCUGUGUGCUACUUUGUCAACUCUGGAUCUGAAGCCAACGACCUGGCCCUUCGUCUAGCAUGGCAGUACAGCGGCCACAAAGAUAUCAUCACCCUCCAAAACGCGUACCACGGCCACGUCUCAUCGCUCAUUGACAUUAGCCCGUAUAAGUUCCACCAGCUGUCAGAUGCUGAGAAGAAUCAAUCUGUACAUGUGGCCCCGAGCCCAGAUGUAUACAGAGGUAAAUACAGAGCGAACCACCCUGAUCCUGCAACAGCAUAUGCAGAUGACGUCAAAGGCAUCAUAGACAAAGCCCAUGAGAAAGGAGGCAAGAUUGCUGCUUUUAUUGCCGAGUCAUUGCAGAGUUGUGGUGGGCAAGUCAUUCCCCCUGUGGGCUACUUCCAACAAGUGGCAAAACAUGUCCGUAAGGCUGGGGGCCUUUUCAUCGCUGAUGAAGUCCAAGUGGGUUUCGGGCGUGUUGGCUCCAAGUUCUGGGCCUUCCAGCUUCAGGGAGAAGACUUUGUGCCUGACAUUGUCACAAUGGGAAAGCCAAUUGGCAACGGCCACCCCAUGUCAUGUGUGGUCACUACCAAAGAGGUGGCAGAGGCAUUCAUGACAUCUGGAAUGGAGUAUUUCAACACAUUUGGUGGUAACCCAGUGUCGUGUGCCAUCGGUCUAGCCGUCCUAGACGUGAUUGAGAAAGAAGAUCUCCAGGGUAAUGCACUGCGUGUGGGGGGAUACCUGACCAAUCUGCUGGAAAAGCAGAAAGAGAAGCAUCCACUGGUCGGAGAUAUCAGGGGUUGCGGCCUGUUUGUUGGGAUGGAGCUUGUGAGGGACAGGUUGAAGCUCACUCCUGCUACAGCAGAGGCCCAGGAAGUCAUAUAUAAGCUAAAGGAACAACACAUCCUCCUUAGUGCUGACGGACCUCAUCGCAACGUGCUCAAAUUUAAACCCCCAAUGUGCUUCAGCACGGAGGACGCGGACCUGGUGGUGGAGAAAAUCGACCACAUUCUCACAGAAAUUGAAGCAGCAUUAGGUCUGAAGUCCUCCAACUUAUUGAGUGUAGAGACUGACAGCGGUAAAAGAAAGCUGCCCACUGACGAAAAUGGACAUCAGUCUCAAAAUGGGUCCGUGCACAGCAGAGGGAACGGUCAACGAGCCCGUGAGCAAACCAAACAAAGCAAACGCCUCAGGUCUUAACAGUCAAAGCACUGAAGUGACCCAAUGUAUUCUAUCUGUGUGGUAACAGACACUAUAAACUUUAUAGUUGAGAAAAAAAAUAUGUAAGUAUAAAAAACAGUGGUGCCUUAACACGUAGUGCAAUUAAUGUUUUUAAUAUGAUGAAUGAUGUUAUAUGCUGUAUAUCUGUGUGAUUGCAGUCUCUUCUCAGGUAUUUUUUUUUACUACACUGAGGAAUCAUGCCACUUGUUGUGUGACAUGCCAACAUUGACUUAACCGUGAUUAUCAGGGAUCAAAACAUGUACAUGUAAUCAUAAGAUGUUGUCUUAAUGACUUUAAUAUUAAAAUACUGCUUUCCUGAUUUUAAACAUUAUCUCAAAUGCAGUUGAAGGGAUGGAACAAUAUAUUUGUAUUGAAUUAAUCACACUGGAUUAAACAAAAUAUUGCAUGUGAUUCUACUUUGAUGCACCAGAGAAAUUCUGACCCUAAUCACUGCCUUCUAGGACUGAAUGCAAUGCAUGUGUAUUAUUCGCCACAUGAAAGUGGAAAGUAGCUCCACUGCGUAUAUGCUGUCGGUUUUCAAUCUUAUCCCACUCUGUCGCAACCAAACAAGCAUGGACACUGUUUGACAAGUCUGCAAUUAUUUACCAAUGUUCCCAUGUUCCUCAUUAACAGAGACUGGACAUGGUUUCCAAAAAGAGUUUACUUGUACAGUGUUCUGUAAGAGAGACCCUUUGGUGCCUAAAGAAAAACAAAUAGAGUGGAGUACUGCACAUCUAUGGUGGACAUUAAAAAAAAAAAAAAAAAGAUCAAAAUGUUCUUUUAAGUCUCAGGAGACACAUAGUUGUAUUCUUGGACCAUGCUCCAUAAUGUGGAGAGACAGACAGGAGGCAUUAGGCCUACUCAACACAGUGUGUGAAGAAAGUGCCAUCCAGUAUACUAAACCAUCAGGCAGCCCACAACAAUGAAGGAAGGACUGACCAAAUAUUUGAUUUUAUGUGGAUGUUUUUGUCUCCAAAGUCAUACAUAUUUAUUUACUCUCAUUGACAAUUGGUUCUUAGAAGAGGGGGGGAGGGGGGUGUAUUUUAGAAAAAAUGGUAUGAUGGAGUGGAAGAAUGAAGCAAAUAUUUUUCCAAGAGAAGAAAAGAGCAGUGCAGUUUUGGUAUAGCAUCUGGUAAAAGUAGACUAAACCCUUUUAAAGUACACUAAACGACAUACACAGGAUCUUUUAUAGCUUGUGGUUUAAAUAUGUAUAUUAAGAGGAGCAUUGUGCUAUAGAUUUAAGUAACAGUAUUUAGGGUACUGCACUUUAAGACGGCUUUCCUGAUGGUUAGCAAAUAUUUGUAAUUUUUGUAAGUAGUGAUAAGCAAUUCCAUUAUUUUGAUUUCCUGAUUAUUUUCAGCAUUGAUUAAGCUUGAAUUUUUAUCAUGUAAUAUCUCUGUAGCAGCCCGUGUACAGUAUUUGGACCCUGGGAAGUACAGUGAACUGCAUCUCCCAUGUGUACUUGCAUAGCAGAGUACAGGUGUGCUCUAGUUGUCAUUAAAAGCUGUGGGAUUCACAUUUGUCAUGAUGGAAGCUUGGCUUUAUCAUUAAAUACUACAUUGGACCAAAAGGUGCAAACGUUUCUUUUUCCAUA